AUGCUCUAUCUUGUGGGUCUUGGUCUCUCGUACGAGACAGAUAUCACCGUGCGUGGGCUGGAGGUUGUGAAGAAAUGUAAGCGUGUCUAUCUCGAGGCGUACACCUCCAUCCUCAUGGCUGCUUCCAAGGAGACAUUGGAGGAGUUCUAUGGCCGUGAGGUUGUGCUUGCGGACCGUGAGCUGGUGGAGUCCGGCUCUGACAUCAUCCUGGAGAAUGCACAGAACGACGACGUUGCUUUCUUGGUGGUUGGCGAUGUCUUUGGUGCGACUACCCACACCGAUCUCGUGAUUAGAGCAAGGGAGCUGGGCAUCAAAGUGGAGGCCAUUCACAAUGCCUCUGUGAUGAACGCUGUGGGGGCCUGCGGCUUGCAGCUCUACCAAUUCGGCCAGACCGUAUCUCUGGUGUUCUUCACUGAGAACUGGAGACCAGACUCGUUCUACGAUAAGAUCAUGGAGAACAGAAAGAUCGGUUUGCAUACGCUCGUGCUCCUCGACAUCAAGGUCAAGGAGCAGAGCAUAGAGAACAUGGCCAGAGGAAGACUCAUCUACGAGCCACCAAGGUACAUGGAUAUCAAGACUGCUGCACAGCAGCUUCUUGAGAUUGAGGAGAAGAGAGGAGAGAAGUGCUACACACCGAACACACCAGCCAUCGCUGUGUCAAGACUGGGAGCCCCAACACAGUCCUUCAAAGCUGCCACCUUGAAAGAGCUUGCUGAGUACGAUGCUGGUGAACCGUUGCACUCUCUGAUCAUCUUUGGUAGACAGGUGCACGACCUCGAGCUGGAGUAUGUCUACGAGUUUGUCGAUGAUAAGGAAGCCUUUAAGAAGCAUGUUGAAGAGGACCAGGAGUUCUUCAAGCCACCACCAUAUGUCCCACCACCGGAGGAUGAGCUCUCUGAUUGA